AUGCUCACGCGCUCCCUCACGCGCUCUCUCACGCGCUCUUUCACGCGCUCUCUCACGCGCUCUCUCACGCGCUCUCUCACGCGCUCUCUCACGCGCUCUCUCACGCGCACUCACUCACACUCUCACAGGCACUCUCACGUGCACUCUCACACGCUCUCUCACACACUCUCUCACGCGCUCUCUCACGCGCUCUCUCAGGCGCACUCUCACGCGCACUCUCUCGCGCUCUCUCUCGGGCACUCUCGCGCACAUUCGCUCUCUCACGCACUCUCUCACGCGCUCUCUCACGUGCUCUCUCUCACGCGCUCUCUCACGCGCUCUCUCAUGUGCUCUCUCUCACGCGCUCUCUCAUGCGCUCUCUCACGCGCUCUCUCGCGCACUCUCUUCUGCGCACUCUCACGCUCUCUCACGCGCUCUCAAGCGCGCUCUCAUACGCACCCUCACGCGCUCUCUCACGCGCUCUCUCACGCGCUCUCUCACGUGCUCUCUCACGCGCUCUCUCACGCGCUCUCUCACGCGCACUCACUCACACUCUCACGGGCACUCUCACGUGCACUCUCACACGCUCUCUCACGCGCUCUCUCACGCGCACUCUCUCGCGCUCUCUCUCGGGCACUCUCGCGCACAUUCGCUCUCUCACACGCUCUCUCACGCGCUCUCUCACGUGCUCUCUCACGCGCUCUCUCACGCGCUCUCUCACGCGCUCUCUCACGCGCUCUCUCACGCGCUCUCUCACGCGCUCUCUCACGCGCUCUCUCAGGCGCACUCUCACGCGCACUCUCUCGCGCUCUCUCUCGCGCACUCUCGCGCACAUUCGCUCUCUCACACGCUCUCUCACGCGCUCUCUCACGCACACUCUCAUGCUCUCUCACGCGCUCUCUCACGCGCUCUCUCACGCUCACUCUCACGCACACUCUCACGCUCUCUCCCGCGCUCUCUCGCGCGCACUCUAACGCGCACUCACGCGCACUCACGCGCACCCACGCGCACUCUCACGCGCACUCUCACGCGCACUCUCGCGCACUCUCUCACACGCUCUCUCAUGUGCUCUCUCUCACGCGCUCUCUCAUGCGCUCUCUCACGCGCUCUCUCGCGCGCUCUCUUCUGCGCACUCUCACGCUCUCUCACGCGCUCUCAAGCGCGCUCUCAUACGCACCCUCACGCACUCUCUCACGCGCUCUCUCACGCGUUCUCUCACCGCUCUCUCACGCGCACUCUUACGCGCUCCCUCACGCGCACUCUCACGCGCACUCUCACGCGCUCUCUCUCGCGCACUCUCACGCGCAUUCUCUCUCUCACGCGCUCACUCACGCACUCUCUCACGCUCACUCUCACGCUCACUCUCACGCGCUCUCUCACGCGCACUCUCAGGCACACUCUCAUGCUCUCUCACGCGCUCUCUCACGCGCUCUCUCACGCGCUCUCUCACGCUCACUCUCACGCACACUCUCACGCUCUCUCCCGCGCUCUCUCGCGCGCACUCUAACGCGCACUCACGCGCACUCACGCACACCCACGCGCACUCUCACGCGCACUCUCACGCACACUCUCGCGCACUCUCUCACACGCUCUCUCGCGCGCUCUCUCCUGCGCACUCUCACGCUCUCUCACGCGCUCUCUUAUGCGCUCUCUCAUACGCACCCUCACGUGCUCUCUCACCCGCUCUCUCACGCGCUCUCUCACGCGCUCUCUCAUGUUCUCUCUCAUGCACACCCUCACGCGCUCCCUCACGCGCUCUCUCACACGCUCUCUGACGCGCUCUCUGACGCGCUCUCUGACGCGCUCUCUGACGCGCUCUCUCACGCGCUCUCUCACGCGCACUCUUACGCGCUCUCUCACGCGCACUCUCACGCACAUUCUUUCUCGCGCACUCUCACGCGCAUUCUCUCUCUCACGCGCUCUCUCAUGCUCACUCUUACGCACACUCACGCUCUCUCACGCGCUCUCUCACGCGCUCUCUCAUACGCAACCUCACGCGCUCUCUCACGCGCUCUCUCCUGCGCUCUCUCACGCGCUCUCUCACGCGCUCUCUCACGCGCUCUCUCACGCGCUCUCUCACGCGCUCUCUCACGCGCUCUCUCACGCGUUCUCUCGCGCGCUCUGUCCUGCGCUCUCUCCUGUGCGUUCGCUCCCGUGCAUACGCUCUCCCUCGCGCUCCGUCUCUCCCCUUCGUCAAAUGAAAGUGCAAUGCAAGAGGAGACCAAUUGA